AUGACCAUGUUGAUGUUGGAGAUUGCAUCCACCAUGCCGCUUGGUCUCUUUGGGCUGGACCAGCUGGAGUGGUCAGGCAAGGCCGGGGCGGUGUGGGAGUGCUGGAAGUGGGCGCCAUGCUGUGGGGACCCGGACCUUUUGGGUGUUAUUUGCUGCCUUGUCCACUGGACCUGCCUAAGCCCGUGCGCUAUGUGUAAACUGUACGCAUCCAGCCUGGAUGACCCAUGCUCCAUCUGGCCGCACUGCUUCUGCAUUCUCUGCUGCCCCUUCGGCUGCUGGUUUACGCGGUACAACCUGCGCAAAAAGAACGGGACCCGUGGCAACAUCAUCGGUGACUGCUGCUGCGCCUGCCUUUGCUGUGCCCCUUGCGCAUUUUGCCAAGAACUGCGAAGCGUCAGUCCCUCUGCCUGGCGCAUUUUUCCGGACUUUACAGUGUGUGGGGCCUAUGUCCCGGGCUGCCGUUUCUUGCGGUAG